CGUUUAUAAAAGACCAAAAGCCACCGCUCCCUUUCCUCGGCCCUUCUUUAUAUUGAACAAUCUCCUCUUCUCCUGAGCCGGCCUCUAACUCGCUGGCGACUCAGUCUUCACAAUUUCUUUUUUGAAUUUAUUCUCGCGAUGGGGUCAUCGGAGCUGAUAUUCAGAGGCCAUGAAACUCAGCCUGUUUCCGAUUCCUAUUCACCCAAACCCGACAAACCAUGGGCUUCCGUUACCCGCCCGAUUCGUUACAUGCUCCGAGAGCAACGCCUUCUCUUCGUCUUCCUCGGCAUUGCUAUUGCCACUCUCAUUUUCACCCUCUUCCCGGCCUCACGUGCUCCGCAACACAACUUCGCCGAUUCCAUAACCUACUUCCCCAUCGACACACAGAGCAAGUUCUCCAACCCGCACCGACUCGGAUUCGGAUCGUCUAACCCGACGGGCAAGAUCCCGUUGGGGUUAAAACGUAAAGGCCUGAGGAUCGUGGUAACGGGUGGAGCCGGGUUCGUUGGGUCUCACCUCGUGGACCGGUUAAUAGCAAGGGGAGAUAGCGUGAUGGUGGUGGAUAACUUCUUUACCGGCAGGAAAGAAAACGUGAUGCACCAUUUCGGUAACCCCAAUUUCGAGCUUAUAAGACACGACGUGGUGGAGCCUUUGCUAUUGGAAGUUGACCAGAUCUACCAUUUAGCGUGCCCUGCUUCACCAGUUCAUUACAAAUUCAACCCAGUCAAAACUAUCAUAUCAAAUGUGGUGGGGACAUUGAACAUGUUAGGACUGGCGAAAAGAGUAGGUGCAAGGUUCUUAUUAACCAGUACCAGCGAAGUAUACGGAGAUCCUCUUCAACAUCCUCAGAAGGAAACUUAUUGGGGCAACGUUAAUCCCAUUGGUGUCCGAAGCUGUUACGACGAGGGGAAACGUACAGCCGAAACCCUGACAAUGGACUAUCACAGAGGAGCUGGAGUUGAGGUUAGGAUUGCCCGGAUUUUCAAUACUUACGGACCUCGUAUGUGCAUCGAUGACGGUCGUGUGGUUAGCAACUUUGUUGCUCAGGCAUUAAGGAAGGAGCCUUUGACUGUGUAUGGUGAUGGGAAACAGACAAGGAGUUUCCAAUAUGUUUCUGAUCUGGUGGAGGGGCUAAUGCGCUUGAUGGAAGGAGAACAUGUUGGACCUUUUAACCUUGGAAAUCCGGGUGAAUUCACCAUGCUUGAGCUUGCUGAGGUGGUACAAGAAACAAUUGAUCCAAAUGCAAAGAUAGAAUUCAGACCCAACACAGAAGAUGACCCACACAAGAGGAAGCCUGAUAUCUCGAGAGCCAAGGAGCUACUCGGUUGGGAACCCAAAGUCUCUCUCCGAAAGGGUCUCCCUCUGAUGGUUUCGGAUUUCCGGCAACGUAUAUUUGGUGAUCAUAAGGAGGGCAGCAGCAACAAUGAAGCAUCAUCUUAAGGUGGCAAUGGCAAAAGGCCAAUCAAAUAUUAUUUCACUGGAAAAGAACUCCCAACAUAUAUAGUUAGCAGCAGCAGCAGUUUCAGUUUAAGUCCCCUUUAGAGGUUUUUUUUCCCUUUUUUGACAUGUAUUUGCCAUCUUUUGUAAUUUCCCAUGUCUGUUGUAAGCUUUGAUUGACAGUGAGCUUUGCAAAGCUUAAAAAAAACAUUUUACCCUAUUCUAUUUAAUGCAAUAGCAGCAAUAAUAUGAUUAUACGAGGUUUACUCCUGCAAAA